UUUAUCGAGCACGUGCGCGUCCCCGCUGUUUGACGUACGUAAUGCGCAGCGUGCGCGUGACCGCUCCUGAACGACAAGAUGGCGGCAUCCGCCGGAACAGGCAUCAAAGUUCCACGUAACUUCCGGCUGUUGGAGGAGCUGGAGGAGGGGCAGAAGGGCGUGGGCGAUGGCACUGUGAGUUGGGGAUUAGAGGACGACGACGACAUGACGCUCACGCGCUGGAGAGGAACGAUCAUUGGCCCGCCCCGGACGAUCUACGAGAACAGGAUAUACAGUUUGAGGGUGGAGUGCGGCCCUCGGUACCCAGAAACACCGCCACUUGUCCGAUUCGUCACGAAAAUCAACCUGAACGGUGUCCAGAACUCCAGUGGUGUGGUGGACGUGCGUGCCGUUUCAUCUCUGGCCAAAUGGCAGAACUCUUACAGCAUUCGUGUGGUUCUACAGGAACUGCGGAGGCUCAUGAUGUGCAAAGAGAACAUGAAACUGCCGCAACCACCCGAGGGCCAAGUGUACACCGUCUAAACCACACACACACACACACACACACACAUACUUCCUAAUCAUUUCCAAGACUCUCAUCAUUCCCUUAUUUUAUACUUCGAGGUUCCGCCCCCAGAGAAACCAAUCACAUGGAAAAAUUACAGGCGCAUCGUUAGGAUGCGUCAUAAGGAUCAUCUUAUCUGUCGUCUGAUUUUGUUUUCUUUUUUUAUCUUUAUUUGCUAUACAUGGAAGUUGUAAAAUAACAUAAAUUAUCUUAUUGAAUGUA